CCCGCCGCCGCCGCUCCCGGCUCCCCGGGCAGCCCGGGGCCCUCCGCGGCGCCGUUAGGGGCGGGGCGGGCGGAAAUUUAAACGGCGGCGGCGGGGAAAGCGGGGCCGUGCUGGGGCCUCGGGACCGAGCGGAGCCUCCCCGCGAUGGCGGGCCCCGCUGCCGGCCGGCCGCUCCGCGGGAAGUCCUUCUACCUGGACGUGCCGAGCGGGCGGGCGGCGCGGGACCUGGCGGCGGCCAUCCGGCACCUGGGCGGGGUCACUGAAAGCUUCCUAAGCAAAGAAGUCAACUAUGUGGUGUCCAGUAACAAAGAGGCCAAACGAGACAAAGCCAGGACUCGGACUGAAAAGAGGAGCAACACCACAUCAGGGGAUGCAAAAGCCAAGAGCCCGGUGCCUUCUACCUCCAAGGGGAAUCAUACCAAACUUCAGCAGAAGCCACCGGAUGCGGCCCUGAUCAGCAGGGGAAAGGAGCUGCUGCAGAAGGCCAUGAAGAAUCAGGACACCUGCAGUGGCAGCAGUAUCCUUGCCAAUGCUCGAUUGUGGGGAGUCCAGAUCUUGCACGUGGAUGAAAUGUUGUUGUACGCUCAACAGCUGCUGCGUGCCAUCUCAGGAUCGAGGAAGCAGAGCCAGAAGAUAGAGGCAAAAUGCCUUGCGUCUGGAUCAAAAAUUCGCAAAGCAGGAAAACUGAAGCCCCCUUUUCUGAAGGUUGAAGACCAGAGCAGGCAAUUCCGGCCCUUCCACCACCAGUUUAAAAGCUUUCCUGACCUCAACUUCCUGGCACCCAAAAGUUCCAGCCCGUUCGAGCCUCUGAAAAGCCUUUCGAAUUCUUGCAGAGCCAGGGGUGCGGAGGGCUGUCCGAUGCACAGCAAUCAGGAGAAGAGCCCCCAGUCCACGCCUGUCACUGUGCCGAAGAAGAAGAGGGGAUUUUGUGAGUGCUGCCGAGAGACAUUUGAAGAGCUGCAAAAGCAUCUGCAGAGCCCCCAGCACAAGCGGUUCGCGCUGGACGACUCGCGGUAUGCCUCUGUGGAUCAUGUCAUCUCGCAGCUCACCAAUGACUUUGUGGAGCAGCCAGCCAAGGUGCCGCCGUCCUGCCUGACAGAUGAACACUUAAUGCCUCGAGCACAAGUUACUGGAGGAAUUGAGAAGCUGACAGCAGAGCUGGGAAAAGAAAGCCAGCAGCCUGAGCACGGUGCUGCAGAUCUGUUUGUUGAUGCAGAGCCUGAUCCUGGCCUGAAGACCAAGGAAUGGUCCCCUUGCCUGCCCAGGGACAAUGUCAGUAACCCCAGAGAAGCAGGGGGGUUGUCUGAGAACUCCUUGGGGCUUUCUGUCGGAGCAGGACUCACUGCAGGGGUCUGCACUGCGUGUGGCACAGCAGAGGAUUUUGCUGUGGUGGGAGAUACUGAUUCAGACUUGGCUCCUGAGCUGGGCUGGGGCACUUGUGUAGCAGCCAGUCAUGUCGGAGGGGCAAUCGCUUCUUCCUCUGAACCUCAUAAACAGCAGGUGCUCGGGUCUGUCAGCCAUCUUCCACAAGCACUGCCUGUCACCAGGAAACGCCAGCUCUCCUCCAGUCAGAGCACCCAGGUGGGAAAGAAGCCCAGGCUGGAGCUGGGUGGUGGCUGCCCCCUGAAGCAGGCAAGCCCAGUGGGUGGUGGGGUGGGUGUGCAGGGUGCAGGACAGGCGCCUGAGCCAGGCUUGCCUGGCGUGGAGGCUGGCACCUGGCCCCUAAGCACGAAGAUCUCCACCAGGCCUCAUUGCCCUCCUGUUUUGGACCUGUGCCUUCGUGGGAACCCUGGGGAUCCUGUGUCACAGCCAGGUUCCCUGGAAGCUCUGUCUGUGGGGUUUGAUCCCACAGAGACUGCUGCAGCGAGCACUGUCAGCAAGCAUGGCUGGAGCAGAGGGAGCAUGAGUUCCCAUGGGAAGCUUGGAGGGGAGAAUGGAAAUACACCCAGGAAUGUGCACAGUCCUGCUCUGGAGUCCACAAUGAGCAAGAGCAGCUGUCCUGCUGGCCAGUCGCCCUCUCCCAAACUGCCUCUGGCUGAAGCCAGAUGUUGCUGCUCCCUCUGUGUCAAAACAGGAGAAAAAAUAGCCCCUGAACUACCCAGCCUCCCCAGCCACAGCAAGGAGCAGACUCCAUGCCCUCGGCUCCUUCAGCAUCUUCCGUGUAGCACACAGGCUGAUGAUGACUUCAGGAAGAGUUCUUCUGAGUCAGACUGGGAUGUCCAGCUGCUCUCCACACUAACGGGUGUCCAGGACAGCAGGAUUCAGUCUGUGGACAGGGACUUGCUCCAGAGGACGCAUGUCAAUGUGAGGGACAGUGGGUACGAGUCUCAGCUCUGCUCAGUCCUGAAGCAGAAUUCGGAGUUUGAGUGGGCAGCCAAAGGUGACAAGAGCUGCCGGAACUGCUGCACAGACACCAAAGAAGCCUCGCACCCUAUAUUUGAGACCUUUUUUUGGCAGCUGGACAAGAUAAAACCACCUCCUGGCACUUCUCUGGUCCCUUAAUGGGAGCUGCAGAGUGGCUGGAAAGGGAUUUAACAAGGCACCCUCGCUGUUAGGGCCAGCUGGGAGCUGGAGUGAGGACGGUGCGUGCACAGCCUCCUCCAGACAGCCUGGGCUGAGCCCAAGGGAUUGAGAUGUGCCGACACCUCUCCAGUGCGAGGCAUCUCUGUCCAGCACUGCCUUCCCUAGGCUCUGACAGCUUCUUGCCUGAUUCCCCGGAGGAAAGACACCAGCGGCUGCGAGUCACAGCCCGGCUCCUUGUGGCUGCCUUUCCCUGGAAGUGUGAGGAAGCACCCCAGGCAGCUCAUCCUCCCGGCCUGGGUAGGGUGACACGUGUGUCCUCCUCGUGCAGGCAUUCAAGACCUGAAACUGUUGGGAUCUGCUGGGUGCUGCAGUGAUUUCACUGUCCUCGGGCUGGGAUCUUCCCUCCUCUUACUGUAGCUGGUAGCUUCCUUCUUUUAACUCCUCACCAGGCUGCUGACGAGGUGGUCCAUCUCUGGCAGCACCUCUUCAGUGGGAAUAGGCUCUUCGCCCAGCGAGAUUCAGGGCAUAGCCUGUCUCCCCUUCCACCCUGUCCUUGGGGUUGCAGAGAUGGGGAGGAGGAGGGCUGUGGCGGUGAGAUCUGUGUUGUUGUGGUUUGGGGCUCUGUUGGAUAUCUCGAGUGUUUAUGGAUGUUUAUAGCUGGUAAUAAGUUUAUUUUUUUUUUUUUUAAGCAAACUUUUAAACUUUGAAAUAAAGUGAAAGAGACACUGUUCUGCUGUAUGCUGGGUAAAA